UUUUUAAUUAAUUUCCAUUUUUUUGGCUUUUUUUUUUGGUAUAGUGGGAAAGCUACCUGUUAGUUCAUUGAAUGAACAAAAGUUGACGGAUCUUGAAAAGUUAAGUAAAAUUAACUUCUUAGAGGAAUAUCGCAUACCAUGUUUGCACAAUUCAAAUCUAGAUAAAAUAAAGCAAGACUUGGUUGACUUGCGCAAGUCUUUGGCUGAUUGAAACGUGCAAGACUUGUUGAAAUUAAAAUUGAUAUGACCAAUGGCGGAGACACAUGUUCGUCAAAACAUACAUUGUGUAGGUACAUAAAAAUAUUUUUUAUGUAUAUAUUUCUUAUUGACACUUUGAUUUUUUCAUGAAUUUUCUUUUUUAUAUUUUAACAUACUUAAUGAAAAUUUUGACUCCACCACUCAAUAUAAUAGAAUGAAUGAAGAAAAGUAAUUCUUUUCAAAAUCAUGAAGACCAAAAGGGAGACCUCAUUGCUAUUUAAAGUCUAAAAUCCACAUGUUAUAGAGCAUACCUGCUAAUAUUUGCAAUAAUGAAGAAAGCCUUCACAUUUUUUCUUUUAACACUCUUGUUGCUUAUGGCUACUUCAGCCAUGACCCAUACCAACGUUACCACUGAUCAAUUAGCUCUUCUGUCCUUAAAGUAUCAAAUCAUUUCCGACCCCUCUCACUUCUUGGAAGAAAACUGGUCUCCCGCUAUUUCAGUUUGUCAAUGGGUUUUAGUAACUUGUGGCUCUCGUCACCAACGAGUGAAGUCCUUGAAUCUUUCCAACAUGGCUCUUUUAGGCAGGAUUCCCCGUGGUCUUGGAAACCUCUCAUUUCUUGUUUCUCUAGACUUGGGAAGCAACAAUUUCCAGGGAAAUUUGCCUCAAGAAAUGGUACACUUGCAUAGACUUAAGGUUCUUGAUUUUAGAGUCAACGACUUCAGAGGGGAGAUUCUCUCUCGGUUUGGGUUCUUACACCAUCUUCAAGUCCUAAAUCUUAGGAAUAAUAGUUUCAUUGGUUCCAUCCCUUCUUCAUUUUCUAAUAUGUCCACACUUGAGACUUUGAAUCUGAAUUUCAAUUCCGUAGAGGGCCAAAUACCAAAAGUAAUUAGAAGCCUUAAAUGAAGAUAGAAAGGGCCUUUCUCGCUUGUAUAAGCCUUAGAGAAUUAAGCUUGUAUGGAAAUAAUCUCAUAGGCUCUAUUCCUCCAUCAAUCUCGAAUGCCUCAAGGUUGGAGACAUUAGAAUUAUCUUAUAAUUCACUUCUAGGAAACAUUCCGGAAAGGAUCGGCAAUCUUAACAACAUGAACUUGUUGGGCAUACAAUAUAAUCAGCUUACAGGUUCUCUACCAUUCAAAAUUUUCAACAUCUCAAGAAUUGAAGUCAUUGCAUUUACUGGCAAUAGCUUAUCAGGAAGUCUUCCCAAUGGUUUAUGCAAUGGUCUACCAAUACUCAAAGGGCUUUAUCUAUCGAAAAACAAGCUUCAUGGUUGUAUGCCUAAAAGCUUGUCAAAUUGUUCACAACUUCAAAUGUUGUCUUUAUCUUAUAAUGAGUUUGAUAGACCAAUACAUAUUGAAAUUGGAAGAUUGAGUAACUUGCAGUAUUUGUAUCUCGGACAUAACCAUUUUACAGGUGAAAUACCCAAAGAGAUAAGCAAUCUUGUUGAGUUGGAGGUAUUAGUUCUUAACAUUAAUAGUUUUAGUGGUUCACUUGAAAUGGAGACCUUCAACAUACCCAGGCUGAGAGUGAUUUCUCUUUCACCCAAUAAUCUAUCAGGAAGCCUCCCACCAAACAUGUGUUCUGUCAUACCCAACAUUGAAGAGCUUUAUCUGAGUAGCUUAACCAAUCUUGUUGGGACUAUUCCUCAUUCUAUCUCCAAUUGUUCAAAACUUACUCGUCUAGAGCUUUCAGGCAAUAAACUUUCUGGCUUGAUUCCCAACUCUCUUGGAUAUUUGACUCAUCUACAAGUCUUAAACUUAAGAGGGAAACAAUUUAACAAGUGACUCAUUGUUAAGCUUCCUGACUUCCUUAACCAAUUGCAGAAACUUAACAUUUCUUGAUAUAUCAUUCAACCCUCUAUUUGGCAUGCUUCCAUCCUCCAUGGGAAACCUUUCAACAUCUCUUAGAAAAUUUAUCGCCAACAGUUGUAAAAUCCAAGGGUGAAUUCCAAAUGAAGUUGGGAACUUAAGCAGCUUAUUAUACCUUGAUCUUUCUGCAAACAGAUUGGUUGGAUCGAUUCCCACAACAAUUGGAAACUUGAGAAACCUUCAGCGCUUCAACUUGAUUAACAACAAAUUUACAGGAUUUAUUGGAGAUAAUCUUUGUAAAUUGCAGUAUUUGGGUGCUGUUUACUUGGGUCAAAAUCAACUUUCAGGAUCUCUUCCUAAUUGUUUAGGGAACAUUACUUCUCUUAGGGAGAUACAUCUUGGUUCCAGUAAAUUGAGUUCCUAUAUACCAUCAAGCUUAUGGAAUCUUGAGGAUCUAGUGGUUCAUGACUUAUUGUCAAACAACAUGGUUGGUUCAUUACCUCCAGAAAUUUGAAAUCUAAAGGCUAUAACAAAGAUGGAUUUAUCGAUGAAUCAAUUCUCCAAUGGAAUUCCAAGAGAAAUUGGAGGAUUGAAAAAUUUGGCACACCUUUCUUUGAGACACAACAAGUUACAAGUAGCUAUACCUAACUCAAUGAGUGACAUGGUAGGUUUGGAAUUCCUAGACCUUUCUCAUAAUAAUAUAUCCGGAAUCAUUCCUAAGUCUUUGGAGAAACUUCAAAACCUGAAGUAUUUCAAUGCUUCUUUCAACAAAUUGUAUGGUGAAAUACCCUCGGGGGGUCUUUUAAAGAACCUCUCGAGUCAGUUUUUCAUCUAUAAUGAAGCAUUGUGUGGUUCUUCAAGAUUUAGUGUCCCUCCAUGCCCCACUUCAUCAAAGCACAAAUCAAAUAGGAAAAAAUUACUAGUUCUUUUUCUCUUGCUGGGAAUUGCAGCAGUAGUUGUUCCUAGCACCUUUAUUGUUUUAUGGAUAAGGUACAGAAGAGGUAAAAAUGCUCUUCAGCAAGAUGAUUCAUUGUCUACCGUAGCAAAAGAAAGGAUUUCAUACUAUGAACUUCUCCGAGCAACUGAUGUGCUUAGUGAGAGUAAUCUGAUUGUUUCCGGAAGUUUUGUCUCAGUUUACAAAGGUGUUCUCAGAAUUGGAACUUUCAUUGCAGUUAAAGUGUUCAACCUGCAACUGGAUGUGGCAUUCAAGAGUUUUGAUACGGAAUGUGAAGUUUUGCCCAGCCUUCGCCAUAGGAAUCUUGUAAAAGUCAUUACUAGUUGUUCCAAUCUUGAUUUCAAGGAUUUAGUUCUCGAGUAUAUGCCUAAUGGGAGCCUUGAGAAGUAUUUGUAUUCGGACAAUUACUUCCUCGACAUCAAGACUAAGCAUAAUGAUAGAUGUGGCAUGUGCUUUGGAAUAUCUUCUCCAUGGGUGCUCGCCGCCUGUGAUCCACUGUGAUCUGAAGCCUAGUAACGUCUUGCUGGAUGAGGAUAUGGUUGCCCACCUCAUCGACUUUGGCAUUUCAAAACUGCUUGGUGAAGAUCAGGGUGAUUUGUACACUAAAACCUUAGCAACACUGGGUUAUAUUGCACCGGGUACGUCUCUUAUUGUUUCUGAUUUUCCUUUUUUUUUUCCAGCUAGAAAGUGUAUUGCCUCGUUUAAUUAAUUGUUUGACUAUAGAGUAUGGACUGAAUGGACUAGUGUCAACAAAGUGUGACGUAUACAGUUACGGGAUCAUGUUGCUGGAAACGUUUACUAGGAGAAAGCCUAAUGAGUUUGAGGGAGAUCUUAGCUUGAAACAAUGGGUGAGUUAUUCACUCCCAAAGGAAACAAUGGAUGUUGUAGAUGCCAACUUGGUAUCAGCAAUAGGUAAGGGCUUAUAGAAGGAGCUACAUGUUGUGGCGUCAAUCCUCAAAGUAGCAUUAGAUUGUUGUGCUGAAUCUCCGGCAAGAAGAACUAACAUGAAAGAUGUUGUGGCGAUGCUGCAGAAGAUCAAGAUUCAACUUCUUGCAUGUUGAACAUUUUUAUAAUGGUUGUCUUUUAACUUUUAGCACUUGAUUUGUGCAUGAUUCUGUUUUCAGAAAUUCUAGCUGGUUGCAAUAAAUCUGGCUGUUACCUUUUGAUUUGUAUAUUGCAUAAGGGUGGAACUUGAAAAUCUUGAAACAGCACUGAGAUUGCUAGUUAGCUCAGUGCUUCUGCCCUUUGCUUAAUCCCGCAAAAGCCACCCCCUUGGUGGUAGUCUUUCUACCUCACGAGGUAGUGGUAAGGUUUGCAUGCACACUACCUUGCCAGACAUCACUUGUGAGAUUUUACGGGGUAUGUGAUUGUAAAGUUAGUUUAACUAAUUCGUGUUUGUACCUAAGACCUCUUAUUACCUGUUUCAAAUUUCUACCUAUGUUACUUGAGCUUUUCAAAAAUGUUGCCCCACAAUUGCAAAAAUAUAUUUCUUUUGAAGUAUUCAACAUACACUGGACAACAAUUUUGAGCAACAUAGGUUCCUACUCACCCCAAAAAGAACACUUAAUGGAUUUGUUUCAAGCACAGCGUCCGUCCUAUUUAAUGCUGAAGAAGAUAAAGAAAGAGAAUGCAUUUUUUCGUUCAUCCAGAAAAAAAAUGCCUCCACUUCUUUUUUUCGUUGGUGAAGCGAAAUGCAACUUCUUGUGACAUUGAGCUAUGUUGCUUGGACUAUCCAAAAAGGUUGCUAUACUCGUGUCGGAUCCUUCAAAAAUACACUACUUUUUGAGGAUCAGACAGGCACCCAUCGACAUUUUUGAAGAGUCGAAGCAAAUCUAUACUAUUAUAUUAUUAAAAGGAGAGGACAAAGCCUCUCCAUUAAGCCACGUGGAAGCAUUACAUAUUGACACCUGUCAAUUUAGUUAAUUAGUUAGGAAAUAGUUGUUAAAUUAGUUGGUUUAAAAAUUUUGAAUUCAAACUUUCAGUUACUUAAUUUUAUAUUCAUUUGUUGUUUUUAAAAUAUCAAAUUCAAAUUAUCAGUUAAUUUACAAAUUUUAAUUUUUUGUCUCGUAUUUGGUAUAUUAAUUGGUUAUAAUUGCUACCCUUUACACUAUACAAGGAAUUACUUAGAUUAGUUAUGAAAUAUUACUUAUACUUUUUAAAAUAUUUUGUAAUUUUAAAAACUGCCAUAGCUUUCUCAUAAGUAGCUUAUCCCGUAUUUAUUUAAAUGGUUAUAAUUGCUACCCUUUACACUAUACAAGGAAUUAGUUAGGUUAGAUAUGAUAUAUUAUUUAUACUUUUUAAAAUAUUUUUAAUUUUAAAAACUGCCAUAGCUUUCUCAUAAGUAGAAUAUCCCGUAUUUAUUUAAAGUUCAAAUUCAAAUAUUGGAUAACAUGACAGCAUCUCAGCAGAUGCACAUUUCCCUCAAUAUUGGGUUACUUUUUUUAAAAAAAAAAAAACAUUUUUUACUUUCUUUUUUUAAAAAAAAAAAUCACAAUAUAUAGUCAGCAGUUUAACAUACGUGUUAGUACACAACUACUCUUCCAUCUUAUCCAUAACUUCCCCUAUUAUAUCUCAUCAUCCAAAACCUGUCCUACUUCCAUAUAACUCCUUAUAUAGGGCAAAAUACUUCAAUUAUGCAAAUCUCUCUCAACAUUCUCCAAAUACUAACGUCUUCUUAAAAAAAUUUUUAGAGUUCAUCAGCAAGAGUUCACCAGCAAUAUCACAAUUCAAAAAAUGCGAUGGAAAACACUUAUCUUUGCAUUAACCAGACGUUUGAACUUUACAAAGAUCGUCUUAAUCGUCGCAGUUAUUCUAUUAUUCAGGUAAUAGAAAGUCGGAGGCAUUACAACAGAAAAUUGAUCAUGCUUACUUAACUUCAAAGGUUGUUGUAGGAAGGUACUGAUUCUUCUCCAAUACUUCCUUUUCUCUUAAUACAUUACAGUUUUGAAGAUGGUUACAACUUACCUACUUAUCCUUUUUUGUCGUAAUUGAAGGAGUUCUCAAAUACGCAGUAUUGCAUUUCUUAGGUCACCUAAUUUUGAGUAUCUGUAUUUGUUUUCUGGCUCAAGUAUUCUUAGCUGUUUAUGUAAUCAAUGAUCUACUGAUAAGCCCCUCUUUGAAAGCGUUGGUAUGGAUCUUGCCAUCAAAUUGAAAUAACUGCUCCUCUUUUGAGGAAAACGUUGUUCUGAUUAGUCUCAUUCAUGUGAAUAGGUUCCUGCUCUCUUGCACUAUUACAUAUAUAUCAAUUUUGCACAGUUGCUGAUUAAUAGACUUGUCUAUGCUAAUGCUAUCAUUCAAUUUACAGCUUACUAUGUGGUUGUUGAUGAGUCAGUUGGAAGACAAUUUGCAAUAGUCUUUUUGGAGCGUGUUAAGAUGAUUUUGGGUCAAAUUAUAGGGAUGAAAACGUUGUAACAACUCAUCCAAAUAACCUGAACAAGGAACUCAGGUUAUUUAAAAUUAAAUUUACUGUAAUAUUAUGUAAGGGCAGAAGGCAGAAUUUUCUAUUAAGUCAUUUAAUUGUAGUACUUCCUUAAGUAUAUUCCUAAGUUUAUGAGGCAUAUGCAGUAUUGUGCUGAACAUCCUGAAGAAGUAAUUGUUGCGUUCUAUGACUUUUUCAGAGUGGGAAAGAUGCCUGUCAGCGACACUGAAAUUGGUGAAUCGCAUAUUGCUAGCACCAUCUAUGCAACUUUGCCACUGUUUUUUUUCACUAACAUCUUCAAGAUUGAGCAUUUCUCCAACCCUCCCUCUGUGUUCUUGUAGGUGUUCAAUCAAAUUUCAAGCUCAUUUUAAAAGAAUCACAUCUUUUAUGUCUUUAUAGUGUUGAGGAGGUCAAGAAUGACUGAAAAAAGUUGAGUUUUGGGGUUGGAACUCAGAAAACGGUGGAGCUGCAGCAACAAGAUUGCAAUAGCUGAGAAGAACAUGAAGCAUAGGAACUCUAAACAACUGGUUGGGUUAGAGUUAAAGAUCUUCUUGAUCGAAUGAUGAAGAAAGCAUAGGCCAAAUAAUUUUGAUUGAUAAGACUAAAUCUAUAAUUAAAAUCAUGAAGCACUACUAUUAUGUCGGAACAUUUUUAAAACUUUAAAAUACAACCAUUUCCAUAUUUUUAAUUUAUUUAUGAUACAUUUUUUUUGCA